AUGCUGGCCUCCCUGCUGUCCAGACCUCCGCCUCCGGGCCUCGCCCGGCUCCUGAGGGCCCGGCCGCCGCCCCCGCGGCCCUCCCGUGGCGCCUCGGCGCGGACAGACCCGGCGGGCGAAGGCGGGGCCGCUGGGGGGCGCAGGGAGCCGCAGUCCCCGGGAGCGGCCGCUAGGGGGCGCGGGGCGGCGCAGCUGCAGUACCAGCGCGCGGCCACCAGAGCCCAGGGGCUGCAGUGUCUGGGGGCAGCCGCGAGGGGGCGCAGGGAGCUGGAGGGGCUGCAGGAGCGGGGCAUGGGGGAGUUCAGGAGGCCAGAGCUGCAGGAGGUGGGCCCACGCACCACAGGGGCCAGGGCACCGGAGCUGCUGUUCUUGGUUGCACCCAGCCGGGAGCUGGAGCCGCAGGACCCAGGACCGGCUGCGGAGUGGCGCGUUCGUCUCAGGCCAGACCCCACGGGGCAUCAGAAGAAGAGGGAGAGCUGGACUUGCCGGGCCGGGCUUCCUGCGUUUGCUGCUGCACUGGUGUAUUGCUACAGCAAGGGCCACGCAUCCAAGGAAGAUGCCCUGUUGGAAGCCGCAAGGAUCAACAACGUUUCAGAAGUCGACAGGUUGUUGUUGGAAGGCACCGAUGUGAAUGCUAGGCACAAGCUUGGCUGGACAGCCCUCAUGGUAGCAGCUAUAAACAGAAAUUCUAGUGUGGUAAAGAUCCUGCUUGCAGCUGGUGCUGACGCAAACCUCGGAGAUGAAUUCAACAGCGUGUAUGAGACUGCCAAAGAAAAGGGACUCCAUUCAUUGGAAGUUCUGGUAACCCGGGAGGAUGAUUUCAACAACCGCCUGAACAACCGAGCCAGUUUCAAGGGAUGCACGGCUCUGCAUUACGCUGUGCUCGCUGACGACUACGUGACUGUCAAAUUGCUGCUAGAUGGAGGUGCCAGCCCCCUGCAGAGGAAUGAAAUGGGGCACACACCACUGGAUUAUGCCCGUGAUGGGGAGGUCAUGAAACUUCUGAAAGCGUCGGAAACAAAGUUCCAGGAGGAGCAGCGUAAAAGAGAGUUAGAGGAACGACGCAGAUUUCCACUGGAGCAGCGGCUAAAAGAGCAUAUCAUUGGGCAAGAGAAUGCCAUAGCAACAGUGGGAGCUGCAAUUCGGAGAAAGGAAAAUGGCUGGUACGACGAAGAACAUCCCCUGGUUUUUCUGUUCUUGGGAUCAUCAGGAAUAGGUAAAACAGAGUUGGCCAAACAGACAGCCAAGUACAUGCACAAAGAUGCCAAGAAGGGUUUCAUUAGACUGGACAUGUCAGAGUUCCAGGAAAGGCAUGAGGUUGCCAAAUUUAUUGGCUCUCCGCCAGGCUACGUUGGCCAUGAAGAAGGUGGGCAGCUAACCAAGAAGCUAAAACAGUGCCCAAAUGCUGUGGUCCUCUUUGACGAGGUGGACAAAGCCCAUCCAGAUGUUCUCACCAUUAUGCUGCAGCUCUUUGAUGAAGGCAGGCUGACGGAUGGGAAGGGAAAGACCAUUGACUGCAAGGAUGCCAUCUUCAUCAUGACCUCCAACGUGGCAAGUGAUGAGAUAGCCCAGCAUGCCCUGCAGCUCAGACAGGAGGCCCUGGAAAUGAGUAGGAACAGGAUUGCCGAAAACCUAGAUGAUGUCCAGAUGACUGACAAGAUAACCAUCUCGAAGCAAUUCAAGGAGAACGUUAUUCGCCCAAUCUUAAAGGCUCACUUCCGAAGAGAUGAGUUUCUGGGAAGGAUCAACGAGAUCGUUUAUUUUCUCCCGUUCUGUCACUCGGAGCUGAUCCAGCUUGUCAGCAAGGAGCUGAGCUUUUGGGCCAAGAGGGCCAAAGUAAGACACAACAUCACUUUGCUGUGGGACAGGGAGGUGAUGGAUGUGCUAGCAGACGGCUACAAUCUGCACUAUGGCGCCCGGUCUAUUAAACACGAGGUGGAGCGUCGUGUUGUGAACCAAUUAGCUGCCGCCUACGAGCAGGACCUUCUGCCAAGAGGCUGCACCUUGCGAAUCACGGUGGACGAUUCGGACAAACAGCUGCUGAAAACCAAGGACAGCUCCUCCCCUGAGGAGGAGGAGAGGAAGGCCCCGACGCUGCGGCUGGAGAUAGUCGAGAAGGACAGCAAAAGCCGAAAACUGGACAUCCAGGCUCCCGUGAGCCCUGACGAAAUUUCCUUUAUGUUAUAGGCACAGGGAACGCCUUGCACACCACGUUCAGCCAAAACGGCCCACGGCGGCACGCUUCCGGUUGUACUGGUCAUCAAUAAAAUAACCACGAGA